CUUCUGAAAUACAAAUAGCUGAGAAAUACAAACUGAUGAAACAACAAGUUUCGGUACAGUUAGACUGCUAACCCGAUUUUCAGUAAUACUGCACUCAGUACUUCCUGUACUUGAAAAAAAUGAAGAUCGUUUUCCUGCUGGUCUUCGUCUUGGUGGUCAACUUUAAUCCUAUUGAAUCAAAUCUGGGUGUAAAGGCGUUAUAUCCUUACGUAACGAGUGACGCAUGGCCUCUUAUCGAAACACUUGCAUAUCCACAAACUACGGAAGCGUUUAAGAAAGCAGUCAAGCCUUACGGACGAAGUAUUGGAUUAGAUCCUCAAUUCGACGAAAAUACAGUUUUCGCGAAAAGGGGGUCAUAUCUUAUUGGAUAUCUACAUACUGAUCAUCGAAACAUUUUAAUGAUUGAACCAAUUGCUGACUUGCUUGAAAACCAGCAUCAUGUAUAUAGCAUAGAAACCAACAAAUUUUACGAACUGGCAGCUGCAGAACUUGGUCGCUUGAGUGUCUUCCAUUCGUGGACAGAGGCUCUUGCAUAUGAUGUUAACGUUCGACUAACUUUAGAGCGCAUAAAAAAGGGACAAAGAGACGCUCAACAAAUCCAGGCACUUUCCACUCCAGAAAUCGAAAAGCUCCAUAAGAAAUAUAUUAAAAAAAUGUAUAAGCUUCAUAAAGAGUAUAUAAAAGGACAUCCCCAGUUUCUACUGUCAAAUUUGCCAUACAAUUAAUGCAAAACUAAUAUAAUACUAAUAUAACACCCGGCUGAAUUCGGGAGACGGUUUUCUGCAGUUUUUCUCUCCCCCGGCCAAACGUCCAGACAAAUGCGAGUUCUUCUAAUAAAAUCGGCUGCAGCCGCUGUUUAUCAUUCGUUGCAAAUUAAUUUAUACAUCGAUUCUGAACCCUCCUUAGCAAAAGAAAAAUGUUCAUAAGCCAUUCUCAGUGAGAUGGAGUCGUCGGGCGGUAUAUCAACUGAUGCUAAAGUUUUUAGAUGAUACUUUAGCAACGAGAGUAACCCGUGAAUGGACUUCAGUUUCACCAGGGUUUUAAAUAAAGUACAAUAGACAAGGCAAUAAUAAUAUCGAUUGUGAUCCAAAGUCGGAUUCAAACGUUUCCGUCAAUUAAAAUUACA